UACAACAGACACAAGCGAGUUCGCCAACGAUUUGUGUUCAUACUUGGCCGAAUAUCGUCUUCCGGAUGUCACCUUCUGGAUAGAUCGUAUUCGUAACUGUGACUUCAGUGGUAUUUCUGACCGCUUAGUGUAUUCCGUUCCGGGCUACCAUCAAUUUGACAAGUUGACUAAAUUCGGGCAUCCAUCGCUGGCUCGCCUACUUCGGGAUCGUCCAGUUCCGAACCGUGACAGCCGUCGUUUAUUCCUUGCUCAGUGUAGCUCCUAUUGGGUCUCUUGGAGAUAA